AUGCCCUAUAACGUUUGGGCUGCGAUACUGCUGAUAUGCCCACUCCUCGUUCAAUUGAUUCGUAGUUAUCGGCGAGGCUUCCCCGGCCAUCGUCUGCCACCCGGCCCGAAGCGUCUUCCCCUCAUAGGAAAUGCUCACCAGUUGCCCGCCACAGAAUAUCAAGAGUAUACAUUCAGAUCAUGGGCACAGAGAUACGGCGAUCUCAUCUACGCCGAGUUCUUUGGCAGCCGCAUGGUCAUUGUCAAUUCAUCCAAGAUUGCGAGAGACCUUUUGGACAAGCGAGGUGCCAUCUACUCUAGCAGGCCGCGCAUGGUAACAAUGGUCGAGCUGAUCGGGUGGGAUCCAACUCUGGCGCUUGCACCAUACCAGAGCGAGAGUCGUCGGAAGCAGCGUCGAUGGGUACAAGCCGCCUUCGGCGAGAAGGACACCCUUCGCGCGUACGAAGCCCUACAACAGCGGGAAACUUGCAUCUUCUUGGAAAACCUGAUCCAAACGCCGAAGGAUUUCAUUUUGCAUAUUACGCGAUUCACCGCUACAUUGAUUCUUGAGACCGUCUACGGACAUCGUAUCAAGUCAUUGGAGGAUUCAUACGUGUUGCUAAUGGAUCGGGGGGUACAGGCGACCAGUGCCACAGGUCCUGCGGGCGGCGGGAUAAUGGACUUCUUCCCACUUCUCAAGCAUGUACCUACCUGGCUCCCAGGUGCAGGAUUCAAGCGAAAGGCGCUGCACGCCCGGAAGCUGGUACAAGCUGCUCAUAAUAUCCCAUUCGACAUGGUUCGCAAAGCCGUCGCGUCGGGAGACGCACGACCAUCGUUCACUGCAGCAUUAAUUGAGGAAGCAGAAAAGGCUGACCGACUUGACCAAGACGAGAAUGACAUCCGAUUUGCAGCUGGGAUACUAUACGCUGCUGGCUCAGACACGACUAAGACGAUGCUUCAGACGUUCUUCUUGGCCAUGGUCUUACACCCCGAUGUAUUCAAGAAGGUACAAGAGGAAGUGGACCACGUCGUCGGGAACGUUCGGUUGCCUUCCCUCGAGGACAGACCGAACCUGCCAUACGUCGAUUGUGUUCUCAAGGAGACCUAUCGGGCGAUGACGCGUAACGAAGAGAUGUACAGCGAUCCUGAUCUAUUCUGUCCUGAACGCUUCCUCACAGCCUCAGGCUCGCCCGAUACGGAGAUUGAAGAUCCUCGCAAUAUAGUCUUCGGGUAUGGCAGACGGCUUUGUCCCGGCCGCCUAUUCGCAGAUACUACCCUGUUCUUGGCAAUAGCCAGUAUUGCCGCAACCCUCGACAUCGACAAAGCUCGAGAUGCGGAAGGCAACGUCAUCACGCCGAAGGCAAAAUUUCUCUCUUCGUUCGUCAGUCACCCUGAAGCAUACGAGUGUGCUAUGAUGCCGCGCUCGCCCACUGUCGCGGCCCUUGUAGAGGAGGCGCUGGAAAAUAUCUCGGCCUCAGUGUGA